GGCUGCAGUGAAGCGUUAAUGGCGGAGCGGUGUGAUGAGUUCAGUUUCAGUGUUUAUGGACUGAAUAAACUGUUUUCAGACUCUUAAAUGGCGACUUUAGUUCUGGAUAACGGAGCCUACACGGCGAAGAUCGGAUACAGUCAGGAGAAGGUCAGCGUCAUCCCGAACUGUCAGUUUCGCUCCAAGACGUCCAGAUUAAAGACCUUCACUGCCAACCAGCUGGAUGAGAUCAAAGAUCCCUCCGGACUCUUCUACAUCCUGCCCUUCCAGAAGGGUUAUCUGGUCAACUGGGACGUGCAGAGGAAAGUGUGGGAUCAUCUGUUUGGGAAGGAGAUGUUCAAGGUGGAGUUCGCAGACACCAGCGUCAUCAUCACCGAGCCGUACUUCAACUUCACCUCCAUCCAGGAGUCCAUGAACGAGAUCCUCUUCGAGGAGUACCAGUUCCAGUCGGCUCUCAGGACCAACGCCGGCUCUCUCAGCGCUCAUCACUACUUCCACACUAAACCGUCGGAGCUCUGCUGUCUGGUGGUCGAUACGGGAUUCUCCUUCACCCACAUCGCCCCCUACUGCCGCAGCCGCGCCAUGAAGGACGGCAUCCGCAGGAUCAAUGUAGGAGGGAAACUUCUGACCAAUCACCUGAAGGAGAUCAUUUCAUAUCGACAGUUACAUGUGAUGGAUGAAACCCAUGUGAUCAACCAGGUGAAGGAGGACGUCUGCUACGUGUCGCAGCAGUUUUAUAAAGACAUGGAGACGGCACAGCUGAAGGGGGAGGAGAACACGGUGAUGAGGGACUACGUUCUUCCAGAUUUCAGCUCCAUCAAAAAAGGUUUCUGCAAGCCGCGAGAGGAGAUGAUCUACAACGGGAAGUAUAAGACCGGAGAGCAGAUCCUGAGGUUGGUCAACGAGCGCUUCGCCGUCCCCGAGAUGCUCUUCCACCCGUCAGACAUCGGCAUCCAGGAGAUGGGCGUCCCAGAGGCCAUCGUCCACUCCAUCCAGUCCCUGCCGGAAGAGAUGCAGCCUCAUUUCUACCAGAACAUCGUCCUGACCGGAGGAAACACUUUGUUUCCAGGCUUCAGAGAGCGACUUGAGGCAGAACUACGCUCGCUCGUCCCCGCUCACCUUCCCGUCUCCGUCCUUCUACCCGCCAACCCGAUCAGUUUCUCGUGGGAAGGAGGGAAGCUGCUGUCCCACAAUCCGGACUACGAUGAGAUGGUGGUGACGCGGGAGGAUUACGAAGAGAACGGACAUUUUAUCUGUGAAGAAAAGUUUGAUAUUUGACUGUCAGACAAAAACUGUUUUAUAUCUGAUUUAUGGUGCAAAAUGGAUUCAAACAAGUAAAAUGAAAAAUGUUUUGUUUUUUUUCUAAAGCAGUUACAUUUUAUUUCAUUGUUUUAUAUUUGAGUUUGUCUGGAACAAGGACUGUCAGAUGUUUUAUACAUGUGUAAAUAUGCACUUUCUUUAUUUUUUGUUAGUAAACUCUGAACAUGAGUAUGAUGUAAGAAGUGUUAAAAUAUUUCAACCAACA